AUGCUAGAGUGGGAUGAACGGGUUCAACUUAAUUAUAAUCAUCUGGAAAAGCCUCAGAAAAAUUGUUCUGAUGAACAUUGGAUUUUAGAACAUUUAUUGAAGGAUUAUGAUAAAUUUAGAAUUCCAGGGGAAGGGAAUGUACGUGUUGAAGUUGAGAUUUGGGUCCAGGAAGUGUCAAAAAUUAUUGAAAUUACGAGCGAAUUCGAAUUGGAUAUUUACGUCACUGAAUGGUGGCUGGACUCGAGAUUGGCCUUUUCCCAUCUUAAUCCCUGCAAAAAAAAUAUGUCGGUGGAUGGUGCCCGAGUAUUACCUGAAAUUUGGAAUCCUUUAGGGUGUUUUGUAAACAGUAAAGACGCUACAGUUCAUAAGAGCCCUUUCAGCAACAUUUUUCUACAAUUGUAA